AUGGGAAUAUUCGUUUUAAAUUAUUCGAUGAUCGUUGACAAUUUCCUAAUAUCGUUAUGUUGGGUUAUAAUUGCACAGUAUGAAGUAAUUACCACAGCGUUAGCAAAGAUCGGAAACGACUGCGAACAUACACACUUUCAAAACGAAAAAGAUAACAAUAGUUUUGAAGCAUAUGAAGAUCUUAAAUCAAUUAUAAUGGAUCAGAACAAAUUGUACAUAAAAUUGAAAUCAUUCUAUCGUGUGGUGUGGAUAAUAGUUAUAUUUUUGAUUAUUAUAGAUUCAGUUUUAUUAAUAAUAUUGACAUAUUCAUUUAUCAUGAUUUGUUCGUCAGCAGAAUCAUUUUCUAUUUUCAACAUCCUUAAGAUCUCGACAGCAUUUUUUGUUUUUGUAAUUCAACUAUACUUAUACUGUUAUUUAUUUGACGUUCUAAAUGAUAAAAAAGAAUCCGUCAACUUUGGAUUAUAUUCUUGUGAUUGGACGAAGAUGGAUUUAAGAUUUAAAAAGUUAUUAUUAUUAGCAAUGAAGUUCAAUAAUGCUAAUAAAUUAAAGAUAAAAUCUACACCGAAUAAAAUAGUUAAUUUACAACUAUUUUCUAGCGUGAUGACCACAACCUUCAACAUUGUCACGGUCAUGCUCAAAACAAUGAAUGGAAAAAAUUAA